CUUCAUAAUCUUAUAAAGGCACAACUGAUAUGGAGUACAGUAUUUUGUAGAAAUUUGAGUUUUGGUACAGUUUCUAAUUUCAAUGAUAUAUUUCAUCGUGAAAGUAACUGGUGUGCUUUAAAUCUAAUAGGUGAAGGCCCAUUUCCAGGGGUUGUUGAUUUGUAUGGGUCAAUUGGUGGGCUGGUUGACUGCAGAGCCAGUCUCUUGGCAAGCCACGGGUUCACUACAAUGGCUUUAGCCUCCUUUGGCUUUGAUAAUCUUCCAAAGGAUACCACCAAACUUAAUCUAGAAUACUUUGAAGAAGCUGUGAAUUUCUUGAGGCAGUAUCCAAAGGUUAAAGGUCCUGGAGUUGGAGCAAUAGUAAUAUCAAAAGGUGGAGAUCUAGUUCUGUCAAUGGCUACCUUUAUACCACAUGUGGCACCAGUUGUUACUAUCGGUGGAUGCAAUGCAAAUACUAACAUUUAUUACAAAGAUAAAAUGAUACUGUCUGGCUUGAAUUAUAAUGCAGAACAAACAAGGGUUAUAGAUGCAGGAUUAUUGGAUGUUUCAGAUGCACUGAAUGAUCCCAUGGAUGAAGCCAACAAGCACAUUAUCAUCCCAAUAGAAAAAGCAGAGGGAAAGUUCCUGUUUGUGGUUGGAGAAUCAGAUAAGAACUGGAACACCAAACGAUAUGCUGAGGAGGCCGUAAAGAGACUGAGAGAACAUGGCGAAGAUAACUAUGAGGUUCUCAGUUAUCCAGGAGUUGGCCAUUGUUUGGAAUCUCCAUUUUUCCCAUUCUGUUUUUCUUCCUAUCACUUUGUUGUAAAAGCAAACAUUUUGUGGGGAGGUCAUGCCAAGCCGCAUUCUUUUGCUCAGAAGGAUUUGUGGUCCAAAAUGCAACAAUUUCUACAAAAAGUUCUUAACCAUCAGAUCACUGCAAAGAGCAAAUUAUAA